UAUAAAUUCCCCGCUGACGCGUUAAUCUUCCACCUUUUCUCUCCCUCUAGACCUUCGCCCAUUUUUCUGUCUGUGCAUCCCUUUUUCCGUUUUGGUAUAACGUACGUACAGAAGCAAUCGUAUAUUUUACCCCGGAGAGGGCGAGAGGGAUGGAGGCAGCGGCGGUGGUGCGGGUGGAGGAGCUAACAUCCGGUGCGAGCGGCCGUAUAAUACCGGUCUUCAGAAAUCUCCGCCAGUCAAUUCUAUCCUACGAGACCUUCCGCAAAAGUCUCGUCUUAAUAUAUUCCUUUUUUGUCUGGAUCCUGAUAGUCCUUCCCCGCCGCCACCGGUUUUCCUCUACCGCCUCACCGCCUUCGUCCCCCAAAACGCAGUCGUCUUCUGUGAGGCGGCGAAAAUUCAGUAUCCAGAGAGAUGAAGAGGAUACGAUGAGGCGUAGGGCUUUAGCGGAGGCAAUAGAGAUGGUGACCGAGGAUGACCGCAGGUGCAAGUGGACGACGUCGUUGUUUUUUGGUGUAAAACGGAAUGCUCUGUUUUGCCGGUCGUGGUUCCCGGUCUCCGGCGAAUUGAAGGGUAUUCUGAUUAUCAUACAUGGGCUUAAUGAACACAGUGGACGUUAUUCUCAUUUUGCUAAACAACUAAUCUCCUGCAACUUUGGGGUAUAUGCGAUGGAUUGGAUAGGUCAUGGCGGAAGUGAUGGAUUGCAUGGAUAUGUACCUUCACUGGAUCAUGUUGUUGCAGACACUGCGGCUUUUCUGGAAAAAGUCAGAGUAGAUAAUCCAGGUGUACCAUGCUUCCUAUUUGGUCAUUCAACUGGAGGGGCGGUGGUGUUGAAGGCUGCUUCAUAUCCCCAUAUAGAAGAAAUGUUGGAGGGAAUAAUAUUGACUUCACCUGCUUUGCGCGUCAAACCAGCCCAUCCUAUUGUUGGUGCUGUGGCCCCAAUAUUCUCAAUGGUGGUUCCAAGGUUCCAAUUCAAAGGUGCUAACAAACGGGGUAUUCCAGUCUCCAGAGAUCCUGCAGCCCUCUUGGCCAAGUACUCGGACCCAUUGGUCUACACUGGACCCAUAAGAGUCCGAACUGGACAUGAAAUUCUGCGCAUUACCGCGUUUUUGACACGCAAAUUCCAGUCCAUUACAGUCCCAUUUUUUGUCCUUCAUGGGACCGCUGAUAGAGUAACCGAUCCAUUGGCUUCUCAGGAUUUAUACAAUGAGGCACCAUCCAAGUUUAAGGACAUCAAGCUUUAUGAGGGUUUUUUGCAUGAUCUUCUCUUUGAGCCUGAGCGAGAGGAGAUUGCUCAGGAUAUCAUUGAUUGGAUGGAGAAGCGACUAACUGCUCACUGUCAUGAAAAUGCCAAUAGUUAUUUCUGAGAUGAAGAAUUAGGUUGGGCAUGAUCAAGGUGGGUUUCAUCGUGAUGGAUGAUUUUCAGCUGAAAAUUCAAUUUGCAGGAGGGUAAUAUGUAAUAUGUAUAUAGUGGAAACUUCUGUUUGUUGCAACAAACUAGAGCUCUUGUGAUUAGCACAUUGAACAGAAAGAAAAAAAAACAAAAAAAAAAAAAGAAGAAAAACUAAACUAGCAUAAAAUUUUUGCUUCUGGAAAAUAUCUUCUGAAAGUGAGAUAUCUCCUAUUCGAUCAUCAUUUUUGCUUUAUGUCGGGAUUUGUGUACGCUACUCUUUAACAAUUUAUUCUUAUUUAGCUUUAUGUUGUCUUA